AUGGAGGUCUUCCUACACAAUCUUCCUGUCGACUUGAGCGGUGAUGGCUUGAAAGACCAGCUUGAGCCAUUCAUGGACGAUCUCAGGAUCGUCGAUUUCGUCUGCGAUAAGCCCAAAAGGAAACGCAUCGGCAACAUAACAUUUCUGAACCGUCGCGACGCAGAAGUUUUCCUGGUAACACAUGGCGAGUACAGCACGUUUCAAAGGGGACGAGUGCGCCCCGUAUCCAAACUGAAGAUUUUGGGUACUGAUGUCUUUUGCAAGCCCAGCAACCGCCCCGCGCAGGACUUUGCUCUCAAGAAUCUUUCCCAUGUUGCCGAAGAGCGCGACAGUCAAUCUGUCAUAAUUGAGGAAGAGUCAGCUGCUGUUUGGAUGGUCUUGCGACACGCCAGUUGUGGAUAUUGCACAUUUGUCGAUAAACAGGUGUAUUACAUCCCAGAGGUCGAGUGGCAGCAAUCGGGGAGUGUCCAAUUCACAAAGCGGAAUAUGAUCGUGAAAUUCAUGGAUGGGAGUCUGAUUCGAAUACCUCUCAACACGGUCAUAGAGCUAGAUUGGGCUAAUGAUGGCUCCCUGACUUUGACAUUAUCCACUGUUCCAUUUUUCUUUGCCUCUCCACCUGAGAUCGAAAAUUUGGCAAAGGCGAUGAUGGGGAUUAGCAUCAACCAGAAUCCGAGUGGCAGAUCCUCUGAACAAAUUAGAAGACGGCAGGUUGCUCUUGGGACAGAUCACGCCGAAGUGUCUGGUCAGUGUCUCGUCUAUCAAUUCCACGUCUUCAAUUUUGAUCUCGCCGAUAAGAUGCACAAAUUGAAGAAGCUCGAGCUGACUAUCAGCUAUUACAAUCUUUCCGUACCAAGAACAAUCCUAUCCGCGAUUGACCGUUUCCCAUCUCAACUGAGAACACUCAAAAAGGAGCUGAGCGAUUAUACUCGGGACGGCUCCCUUCCCUUUGGAAUUCGCUUCCAGCUACAAGCUCUCGCAUACAACGCCUAUCUCCCUUCAGCCAAAGUUUCGGGCCUCGCUAGAGAACUUCGAAAACUUGUCAGAGACAAUAAAGCAUCUGGGAGAAGACCACCUUCUGUUGAAGCGAUCAAAAAACUGUUUGACACCAUUGAAUGGCCACUCCCAUACGGAGAGCCCCGGGAGUUUACGGUCCAAUACCUGAUUGACGAGAUCAAACAGAACGACAAAAACAUCCAAGAUGGCCCAGGAAAACGAGACGGGCUUUUACAAGCGAGUGGAAACUUGACACCAAUCUGCCGUGUCAAUGUAAGCCCAUCACGCAUCACAUUGCACGGACCAGAAAUGGAACCAACGAACCGUAUCCUUCGAAAAUUCCCCAACCAUCGCGACUAUUUCAUCCGUGUCCAAUUUUGCGAUGAGAAUGGACAGGAUCUUCAGUUUAGUCCUCGGAUCAACAACGAUGAUAUCUUUGCUCGUUUCAGGAACAUACUGUCACGGGGAAUUGAAAUAGCUGGACGUACCUAUACCUUCCUUGGGUUUUCCCAUUCAUCUUUGAGGUCUCAUUCAGUCUGGUUUUCAGCCCCUUUUAUGGACGACGACGAACAUUUCCAGACAUACUUCAGCAUCAUCAAAGCCCUAGGCGACUUCUCCCGCAUAACGACUCCCGCUAGGUGUGCCGCAAGAAUUGGGCAGGCGUUUUCGGAUACACCAUUCGCCAUCAAUCUGGAUGAGAACCACAUUCAGGUGAUGAGAAUACCGGACGUACAAUCAGACGAUGGCCAACGUGUGUUCAGUGACGGGGUUGGGACAGUAUCGUGGAACGUCGUGGAAACAGUGUGGUCGGGUCUCCCUUGGAAGAAAGGACUACCAACAUGCUUUCAGAUCCGCAUGGGCGGUGCAAAGGGUAUGCUUGCUGUCGACAGUCGGCUAAAUGGAACAGUCGUUAAAAUCAGACCAUCCAUGAUCAAAUUCGAGACCGAUGAUAUGCGUGACCUGGAGAUCUGUGAGGUCGGCUCUACACCUAUUCCGCUAUUUCUCAAUCGCCAGAUGAUCAAGAUCAUGGAGGACCUGGGGGUAUUCGAAGACUGGUUCUUCAAGUUGCAGGGUAUACGCAUUGCGGAGCUCAGGGAAGCAACGGCAACUAUGAAGAAUACAGCAGACUUCAUCAAAGGCCAAAGCGCCGGCGACAGCAUUCGACUACACCGUUUAUUUACCGAAUGCCAUAUACGCGCAAUAGACUACAAGACCGAUCCGUUUCUCCGCUUAGUAGUGGAGGCUGUUGUCCUGCGCGAACUUCGGUUGCUGAAACAUAAAGCUCGCAUUCCGGUUAGGAAAGGCAUCACUCUUUACGGCAUUAUGGAUGAGACGGGCUUUCUAGCAGAGGGCCAGGUCUAUAUCACAUUCGAUGCCAAGUCAGAUAGAUAUGCAUCCCCGCCUGGAGCAGGCCAAGUCCUUGUUACUCGGUCACCCGCUCUAUUCGACGGUGAUAUCCAACUUGCUUACAAUGCCAUCCCUCCCAAGGGCCAUCCACUACUCGACCACAAAAACUGUAUUGUUUUCAGCCAAAAAGGGAAGCGCGAUCUCCCCAGCCAGCUGAGCGGGGGUGACUUGGAUGGAGAUAUGUUCAACGUCAUCUGGGAUCCCGAGGCAAUGCCGACCAGGAUCUUCCCGCCUGCAGAUUAUCCACGCGUUGACCCUGUGGACCUUGGUCGGCCCGUCACGAAAUCAGAUAUGGCCGAAUUCUUCGUGGACUUUAUGCGGACGGAUCGCUUGGGAGUGAUCGCCAUCAAGCAUAUGAUCAUGGCAGACCAAAUGGCAGAGGGCACUUGCCAUAGUGAUUGCAAAAAGCUUGCACAGUUACACUCUACUGCUGUUGAUUUCUCAAAAACGGGUAUUCCUGUGAGUCUGGAAGAUAUUCCAUGGAUGAAUCGCUUCAGGCCGGAUUUUUUGGCACCAGGGCCUCAAACGGAGUUGUGCGACAAAUCGGAGAUUGAUCUUUCAGCGCCAGUCAUGCCGGCAAAGUCUGAUGAAGAUGAAGGUAUCGGGCCACCCCACAAAUACUACAAGUCAGAGAAGCUGCUUGGGAAGCUAUACCGUGCGGUGGAUGAAAGAAGAAUUUGGUAUGAAGAUGUCCGCAUCGACAGGAAAUCGAGCUUGUUAUCCUUCUGGGAUGAAUUCAUCUACGCCAUGACCAAAGUUUGCAAUACCUUUGGGCCUGUCAGGUGGACACAUCGUGUUGGAGAGGCACGGUUGCUUCGAUCAGCAUACGAAGAUGCGAUUCUUUCCGCGAUGUACGGCUUUUCCGAACACCCCGUGAACCCAAUCAGCGAACUCGAGGUCUUCAUCGGCAACAUCCUCAAUAAAACCGGAGUUCAAACGCACCGACAACGCGAGCGAUCGAUAAGGCUAAAAGACGAAUUUAGUCGGAUUGCGACUUGGAUAAUCGGACAAAUGCGACCCCAUGCAAAGACUGAUGCGCCGCUGACUGGAUACGAAACUGAGAUGGAUGCGUUGGAGCGGUGCCUUGCGUGCGUUUGUAUCGGGGGUGAGAUUGAACCAUCAAAGGGGCGGCGUCGAAGGGGUGGAAGUGGCGAGCUGGAGAGCUUCCGAGUUGUCGCUGCAUGUGCACUCCUGGCUGAAAUUGAUACGAUGGACAGAAAUCGCAGGAUUUAG